GCGACCCUGGGCGAGGCCGUAACGACGAUCAAGGCGGAUGAUUUUCUCAAGGUGCACCAGGCGCCGUGCACGCGAGAGGGGCUGCUCACGGGCAUCGGAUCUGGAUCUGCGAUUGGGUUUCUGAGGUACAUCGUUGGCGCACCGAUACCAAAGGCGGCAAAUUGGGCUGUCGGCUCCGGAGUCGCAGUCAGCGUCAUCGCGUACGAGUACUGCCAGUACCAAAGGAGGGUCGAGCGUGCAAACAUGAAGAGGGUGGUCGAGGUGGUAACCAAGAAGCAGGCGGAGCAGAAGAGACAAGAGGACGAGAAGAGAUUACAACGGCAGACAGAACAAGAACUUGCCCCACAGAAAACUGCACAAAAGAGCUGGUACAGGUUCUGGUAG